CUUCCUUCCCCCGACGAAGCUUCGUGAAGAUUCCGGAAGGCUCCGGCCGGUUCUUUUCUCCGAGGCACCCGAGCCGCCACCGCUCCAACAGGCUCCCGCUCUUCUUCCCCCAUCACCCCGCGCCGCCGCCGCCAUGUCCUUGCUGUGCUACAACCGGGGCUGCGGCCAGCGUUUCGACCCCGAGACCAACACGGAGGAUUCAUGCACGUAUCAUCCAGGUGUACCGGUCUUUCAUGAUGCUCUCAAAGGUUGGUCAUGUUGUAAGAGAAGAACAACAGACUUUUCUGACUUCUUAAGCAUUGUGGGCUGUACAAAGGGUCAUCAUAAUAGUGAGAAACCUCCUGAGCCUGUUAAACCAGAAGUCAAAACUACCUCUGAGCGAAAGGAGCUAGCUGAACUGAAACCCAAAUUUCAAGAACACAUAAUUAAGGCACCAAAACCACUGGAAACAAUUAAAAGACCAAGCCCAGAUGAGCCAAUGACAAAUUUGCAGCUGAAAGUAUCAGCUUCCUUGAAGCAAGCACUAGAUAAACUGAAACUGUCAUCAGAAAACGAAGAGAAAAAAGAGGAGGACAGUGAUGAAAUCAAGAUUGGGACAGCAUGUAAAAAUGCAGGCUGUUCAAAAACGUACCAAGGACCGCACAGCACUGAAGAUGUAUGUAUAUACCAUUCUGGUGUACCUAUAUUUCACGAAGGGAUGAAGUAUUGGAGCUGCUGUAAAAGGAAAACGUCUGACUUCAAUACAUUUUUAGCUCAAGAAGGCUGCACAACAGGAACACACGUAUGGACUAAAAAGGAUGCAGGAAAGAAGGUAGUUCCAUGCAGGCAUGAUUGGCACCAGACUGGAGGAGAAGUGACUAUUUCUAUAUAUGCUAAGAACUCUGUUCCUGAUCUGAGCUAUGUAGAAGCAAAUAGUACAAUGUUAAAUAUUCAUAUUGUAUUUGAAGGAGAAAAGGAAUUUCAUCGCAACGUGAAAUUAUGGGGAGUAAUUGAUGUAAAGAGGAGUUAUGUGAACAUGACAGCUACAAAGAUUGAGGUUACUAUGAGGAAAGCAGAGCCUCUAUUAUGGGCGAGUCUUGAAUUACCAGUAUCCAACACAGAACAAAAGAAAGAGAAUUCAGAUCAAUAAUAAUUCCAAGAGACAAGAUAUAUCCCAUCAUGAAGUGGUGACUUGCUACUGUAAUCAAGUAUUUAACUUUUAUAUAGAUACUUUUUUUUUAUGCUAGACCUUAUGUUCCACUCUACAAAAAAAAAAAAAAAAAAGAUGCACAGUAAAUGAGGGUGUCAACUUGAAGAGUAAUAGCUGGUUCUUCUGCUCUUGCUCCCAUGAGUGUAUUUAUUCUAGCUGGAGCGUCUCCAUGGGAAUUUAAAAUAAGAGCUAUUGCCCUGUGUUUACAAUCUUACCUACUAUGCACUGACUACCCAAACAGAUAAGCUUUCAGUCCACAGCGUGUGUUAAUUUUUCAAGUGUUCUGUUUAGACUGGAUCUCCUUGGUAGUAUAUGUUCAAUUCAGCACUCUUCAUUAUGAAGCAUACAGUAUUACAGAUCUGAGUUUUUGAAAUGAUAAACAUGCAAUUCCACAUCUAAAAUAAAAAGGCACAUAAAAAUAAAUGUGAAAGAACAUUUGUAGACUUCCAUUUUUGUUUCCUGAAACUAAUAUUUGUUUCAAUAUCUGCUGGCUGUAGAGGUAUAAAAUAAAAGGUAUUUUAGUAAAUGUUUCAGUAUUUCCCGACUCUUGCUGUCUUUCAGGUAUAAAAGCAGAUCAGAUUAAAAUAAGAACAAAGAUGGCAAGAGGGGAUUUUUCUUAUUCUCCUAACUUUGGUACUUGAAUUUUUAAAUGUAAACAUGAAUGGACAGUGAAUAAGGCUGAAUAACAGCAUCUCAGCUGUAGAAAAUACACAAACUGCAGAAUAUUGUAAAGUUACCCAGCUACUGUAUAUAUUUGACAGUCUUUACAAUGUCUAUUCGGUCCUAUUCUGCAAAGUUCAAAACUGAAUUUUCUCAGAGUGGAUAUUUCUAGGAGGAGAAGACAGUAUGCACUGUAGGUAUCUUGGGAAAAUCCUUUCUAUGUAGAUACGCAGAGCUCUUGUUCCUGAGGAUGGUAAUCUAGGAACUAAAUUUACGGGAUAAAUAAAAUCUUAGAAGAAACAAACAACAAGCUUUCAAAUGCCCGUCUCAAAUCAUAAUCGUACUGUUGAGCUAAAAUAUUUUUAAAAUAUCUUUUUGAAGAGCGUAGGCAAAAUUGUAAUUUGAAAUCAGGACUUUAAAUUUGUUUUCAGUUCUGCAGCAAUAAUGAUUUGUAGCUGAAAACAGGAUAGUUUUAAAGAUGAGACUUCUGUCUAAGGAAUAAUUCAUGCAGUAAUAUUGCUUUCUAUUGCUGCUUGAAAUCGUUCCUUAAUUUUAGAUUGCAGCUGAAAGAAAAAUGCUUUAAUGUGUAAGUCAACCAAAAUAUAUAUUAUUAUUUAUUGUGCCAAAACUUAAAUAUAUAAACAAGUAGUCCUGUGGACUGUGGAAUGUGCUGAUGCUCAUCUAUCUACCUUGGCAGACCUGAAAUGAGUCCAAGAGAAACAGUGAAAGUAGUAAAGGCAUUCUGAAGUCAAGCAGGGAUUUUUCAGAAUCUUAGCGUUUUCCAACAGGUAUAAUUUGCGUUGAGUUCAGAGUGCUGUCUUCAGCAGUACUUGAAAUCCUUGAAGUAGUAACACAUGCAUUACUGAAGAAACCAGCCCCAAACACCUAAAAAGUAAUGCUGGUGUUGAAAUGUUUUAGUGCUUCUUGUAACUUUUUCCUUAUUGAUUUGGAGGAAGUGUGGUUGCUUACUCCUUUGGGCCCCUGUUAAAAGUUCAAGUGCCAAGUUCUGCCUGAAAAAUUCUAUCGAAUUCUAAUAAUGCCUUUUAAACAAAAAUAAAUACAUUUGAAAAUGUCAGAUGCAGUGAAGUGGUAGGGUACAAGCUUACAAAAAUGUAUUCCUGCAGUUGCACCUCUAAAAAUUGUUCAGGUGUUCCCCAUUGGGUUCUGAGCCGACAACGGGAGCUUUUAUUAGUGUAAUACUAAGAACAGUUACUUCAGCGGAUGGAAGAUUCUAGAUACCUGUAGCUAUCAGCAUGCCAUCUUUUUUUUUUUUUUAAAUUCAGAACUCUGAACUUGAGCAUUGUUUAAAUACCAGCAUAAAAUUCCUAUUUAACAAGUAAGAUAAAAGGUGUGUCUAUCCAUGGGAAUAUAUAAAUACCCUGUUAUAAAUACCCUAAAUAUAUCCUGUUUUCCACUUUUUUUUUUAACAAAUUUCCAGUUUAAUUGCACCAUCAUAUGCAGUAAAUUUGCAUCACAUAAAAUUUGAAGAACUGCAAGGGAAACAGAAUUUCUUCAAAAACAAAAUUUCUUUUUUUAAGCAAUUCUUGUGAACCCUGAGUAUACUAAGCACUUAAUUGAGCAAAAUCUGCAUGAAUGGACUUUUGCUUUAACAUUGUAGACUUUGGGACCCUGUAGCUAUUUUUUAUACUCCUUGAAACUAGAUUCUGCUAGAAGCAGGAUCAACAUUGUAGUAGUGAGUGGAAGAAAGCUCCUGCAGACAAUGUCCUCAGUUUUGCUUUUUUUUUUUUUUUUUUUUUAAGUAUUCGUUAUUCAUUCCUUCUAUUCUUGUUGUUCAUACUCUCAGCAGGGAACUACAGAUGCCUCAGGAGUUGCAUAAUGACUUUUCCCCCUCAGUGACAGGGUAAACACUUUUAAAAUGCACCUGUUUAAAAACGUGAGCAAACAAAAUCCCAGUUUAUAUCAGGCAAAAAAGGUGUAGAUUUUACAAAUAACAGCCUGCUUCUCCAUGGCUUAUGAUGAUUUUCAAAAAGUUAAGCUUUCAGAUGGCAUAUGUCAUAAGUCUUGUUUAACUGCAUUCUUAGCAGCUUUUUAUAACUAUUUGUGUGCAUCCAUCAUCAAGCUGCAAAAGCUGUAUUGCUGAACUUGAGUACUUUGAGCAGAUCAUUGUGGUUGCUCAAAACAGUCUUCAACACACCGGUGUUUUACAAAAUGACAUCUUGAUGUGGCUAGUGGUAUUUAUUUUCAAUAGAAUUGGGUUUGACUUUGACUUUCAUUAGUAAGGGGAAAAAAGAUAACUAUGGUAUAUGAAAAUAAUCAUAAUACUUCUCAAAAGCAAGUUUUGAGAACUAAGCUAAACAGUCUUGCUCAUGCAGGCUGUCACCUAUUUAAUAAUAGUGAAAUUAAAUAGGAGAAGUGCGAAACGUUAUGUACUGGGAUAUGUGCAGUUCAGUUUGCCCUUCAUGGUUUUGAGAGUUGUCCUGUAUUUAACAAGUUGUUUAACUUGUGGUCUAGCUAUAUUUUUAUAAUUCAUAAGACUUUAAAAAGCUAUACUGUGUUUCAGAAUGGGUUUGCAUAUUACAUGUAGACAGCACAUUAUAUGUCUCAGAUAUGACUGUCCCAGGGGCAUGUAAAACUUCACAAUACAUUUUUAAUGAGACAGAAACUAUGUGGGUGCACGAAUUUGUAACAGAAAUCUUAAAUCUUUUUCCUCAUGCUUAAGCCCAUUUUCCUACCUACUAUUGUAUAUCUAAAACAGAACAUUUCCUGGAGGAGUUGGAGUUCAUUUUUAAUGUUCAUACACUGUUAGCACUUGGCUGUUCAGAUGCUCUGUUAUAUUUUACAUGGCACUGAUGUAACUUCACAAAAAAAUCUUCCAUCUGAUGAUCUUCUGGAACACCUGCAUUAUCAAGUCACCAUUUCAGUAGUUUAGGGAUUAAUUAUAUUAGGAAUUUUGCCUUGAAAAAACAUCUACUUAUUCUAUGUAAUGAUGCAUUUUUUGCUUGCAUUCUUUAAAAAUGGCAUGAUUACUGGUUAAAUACUGUACCUGUUAAUCAAUUGUCUUUCCCUAUGGCUACUAUUUUUUUGUCUUCAUUCAGGAAAGAGAUCCUAUUUAAAGUAAUGAGUUACGUGUCUGGAACACUGUUUUAAGGCGCUAAUAAUUUUGCUAUUAUAAAUAAGAGUCUUGAAUUACGGUUGGGGGGGAGAGAUGUCUUUUUGCAUGGUUGUUUGAUUCUGCACAUUCAUAAAAAAAAAGCAGAAAUGAAUCUCAUGUCUUCAUGUUCCAUUUUUUUCUAAAUUUAUUCAAUAAAAUUCUUAUUACAUGCUG